AUGGCUGCGAUAACCUAUCCCUUCGCUGUUCGUUCUUUGGCAGACAUGUUCCCAGACCUUCUCCACAUCUCCGCCUUAGCUUCUCAUAGAAUCGACGAAAGCAAGGAUAUUGGGGAUCCCUUUGAUAUAAAUGCAGCCUACGAUGCGGAGAAGACUGUGCAGGAGUUGGAGCCUCUCAGCCGUAUAAUUCCGUCAGUGUCUCAUGUGCAUAUCGAAGCUGCAAAAAAUAGAGCUCAUGUAUUGCGUGCCAUCCACGCGACAGCAACAGUUGGAGCUGUCGAUGUUUUGGCAAGGUUGGACGAGAUACAAAGAACACAAAACACGACUCAAGUGACCAUAAAUCAAAACUGUGCGAUGUUACAAGAGACUCGUGCGAUGAUGCAAGAGACUCGUGCGAUGGCGCAAGAGACUCGAGCUAUGGUCAUGAAUAUCAGACUUGCAAGCCAGAAUGCUAAGGUGCCGCAGGAAAGAAAUUAUUACAAACCUCUUCAAAAAACUAGGAGUGGACAUGGCCGUGAACUAGCGUUGCAAGUAUCGAGGCCGGAAAACACUAAUCACCUUCCCCCGUCAGCUACCAUCCAGCCCGCUGCAUUAGGGACCGUCCCUCCCUUCUUUGAUCGCAAUACAGAUACAUAUACAUUAGGGUCAAUCAACUCCUUGAUUAUCUUCUACAACGAUGAUUUCGACAUAGAGAAGGAGGAUAGUUUGGAGAUUAGGAAGAUAAAGUUUCGUCGCUGGCUGUGCUCUUGA